AUGUUCAUUGCCGACAGACUGGGCCGAUACGAUAUUAACAAAGGUUCUGCCAAUGUUAUCCCGGCGCUUGCCUCCGAGGCUCAGUUUCCUGUUAAUAACCCGCUGUAUCCAGUGCCACCAAUGGCUGCAGUAACAAAAAAUCUGAUCUUUGGAGCCGCUGCCAGCCUGACUUAUGCGAAACCAUACGCGCUCUCAACCUCCAACUUUCAACGGUGGGCUAGCGCAGAUCCGCAGAGAACAGGUAAUCUUGAUUCAUCACUCGAGGAAUGGUGGUGA